ACAAGUUUUCUGAGAAGAGACCAUUUUGUACUUAGAGGAAGCACUUGCUCUCUUGGAUAUUCUUGCACCAUAACUCAGAAAUAAAAAGCAAAACGGUUUAACAAAAGAUCUGGGCAUUUCUUAGGCAAGUGGAUUAUUGAAUUUGCUGCAGGUAGCCAUAGGCAGAAAAUCUAUGGCUGCUUGUUUCAUUAAUACUACUGGCAUGAAAAUUCUGUAACUGCUUAGAAAAAAAGAGCUGAAAUGGAUUUACAAAACAUUCCCUAUCGCUCAGUGGUGGUUGCUUGGAGCCCAGAUGACCUGGCAGACUACUUCAAAAAAUUAAAGUAUAAGGACUGUGAAAAAGUCGUCAGAAAACACAGCAUAAGUGGACAAAGGUUUUUGAACAUGUCUGAAAAUGAUAUUCAGAAAUUUCCCAAACUGAGUGUGCCAAUUCUAAGUAAGUUAAGUCAAGAAAUCAAUAGGAACGAGGGAAGAAUAAGUUUCUUCCCAAAACGGACCCAGACGCAGAAGUUUGCUGACAAUACAGGAUGCUGUCAAGAAGAGGAAGAAGGCUGGUCUUCAUUUGAAGAAGAAGAUGAUUAUGAAAGCCCAGAUGAGGAACAGGAACAAGACGCCGACUAUGAAUCACCAACUGAUGAACCAGGACAUGACAGUGAUGAUUAUGAACCUCCUCCAUCCAACAAUGAUGUAGCACCCCAUAAUGUCAUAUUUCCUGCCAAGUCAAUUCCAAGCAACACUGAGUACAUAGAUAGACCCACAACUGCUAGACCAUCUCCCCAGCCUCCUAUUCCACCACAGCGACCUGGCCCAUCCCCUGUACCAGCAGCAUAUCCGGGUAGAGGCACUCCUAUGUCACCUUACCCUCCUCCAUCAAGCAAUAAUGAUAUGAAUAGAGAUAAAAGUGCCAAGUCUUUAAAACCCCCAGCUCCUUCUAUAGACAGACGUACAAAACCCACACUGGAUCGUCCUGGGCCAACGUUUGAAAGAGACAGCCCAGCAGCAGGGAAGAGGGCAGUGUUUCCUGACAAGCCCAUGGCACCACAACUAAGAUCUCUGGGAGAACAGUUAGCAAAGAUACAAAAGCCUCCCAUACCACCAGCCGAUAAACAUGAAAGAGGCAAUACAGUCCCUGGAAGGAAGCCACCACCCGUAAAGCAAGGUUGGGCACCAGAAAGAAGAUAUGAUGAAGAUGAUGAGUCAAUCCCCCAGAGACCAGCACCACAGCUAUCUUUGCCCCCCUUCAGCUCCAACACAUUCCCUUCAAGGUCUGUCAAGCCACCACCUAAACACAGUCCUUCAGGAUCCAACAGUAUGCCUGGAUCAUAUGCAGAAAGUACUAACAGCCUUUCUUCAAGUGGAUCACUACCACCACGCUUUCAGCUAGGUAACAUCAAUAGAGCUCCUUCAAAAGGCCCAGCAGAUGGCAGACCUCCAUUACCAAUUCCUAACAGGCAGAUUGUGCAGCCACCAAGCAUGGAGGAAGACGAGUUUCAAGAUUCACUGAAUGAAGAGUGGUAUGUUGCAGACAUCAGCCGGCAGGAAGCAGAAGCAGCUCUUAGGAAUAUAAAUAAGGACGGGACAUUCUUGGUGAGAGACAGCUCAAGAAAAACGAAUACACAUCCAUACGUACUGAUGGUAUUAUACAAAGAUAAAGUAUAUAAUAUUCAGAUUCGUUACCAGGAGCAAAAUCAAGUGUACUUGUUAGGAACUGGCCUGAAAGGAAAAGAGGAUUUUUCUUCAGUGGCAGAUAUUAUUGAUUACUUUCAAAGAACACCCCUUCUGCUGAUUGAUGGAAAAGACCGAGGUUCAAGAAACCAAUGCAAGUUAACAUAUGCUGCAGGAUCUACUUAGAAGAAAGCUUAAUGUCUGGGAUCAAUGGUCUACAAGAGCAUACAAACCUCAUGAUAUUUCCAUUUGUAUUCAAUGAACUGAAAUUAUGAAUUAAUUUUUUUUUAUUUUAAUGAAAAAAUAUAAUUCUCUCAUUUUAAAGUGUGUUUUUAAAAAACAGAUUUGCAAAAUACUUUCUACAAUGUAUUUAUUACUCUACAUUGUUCAUACACUGCCAUGAAAACUCUUCAUGUGAGUGACGUCAUUUUUCAACAUCCAUCUCGCAUGUGAAGUGUUCUCCAUUCCAUAUUAUAGGAUUACAUGUGGUUUACAUAGCAGAGAAUUACGUUGCUUUCUUAUAAAGCAAAACUAUGCAAACUAUUGUUCAUGUCAAGGUUAUGGUACCAAUUACAUUAAGCUGCAAACUGAAAUCAAUUAAUAUCUGUAUAAUGCUUGUACAGUACAGAGUAACUUCUAGUGACUGUUAUCCGUAUUGAAAGAUUGUAUUGUUUACUUUGAUAUAUUUUAUGUAAGUUGAUACAAAAUUAGAAAAAUCUUGUGUAAAUUGAGUCAAUAAAAAUGCCAUAUGUCACAGUCCACAUUUCAGUAGAGACCUGCACUUUCUGGCUACAUUUAUUAUAAUGGUAGGAACUAUGUGACUUGUUAAUUUAAUGGUCUAUACGGUAUAUGUUCCCUCUUCUACAUCAUCUAGAGACAACUUCCAUUCCCAAAUCUUUCCCUGUAUAUAUUGGGUCCCAACAACGCAUAACCUUGUACCCACUCCUUUCUGCAAAGAACAGGCUCUGAAAAUGGCAGUGUAAUUGGGUCUCACCUCAUCUGGUGAUAGACCCUGUCUCUAUCUCAGUUUCCCUACUCUCAGAGUUCUCAAAAACUGUUCCUGAGUUUUGUGCAUGUCAAAUAAACACCCCUCCCAGGAUCCAGUACAUGAAAACAGCUCAACAAACAAAGACAGACAUCCAACGCCUAGCAUCAGGUCUUACCCUGUUUGAUCGGGGAGUGAGAUCACAUGGCUCAGCCACCAAUUGUACUCUCUUGAUGCAGGUCAAGAGAAAAUGAACUUCUUCUGACCAUCAGUAGGAGCCACAGGCUGGACCCCUAAACAAGUGCAAAUGGCAUCUCCCUUCAAAUACCCACCUGCACUGGCCUGUCCAGAUUACUUUCUUAUAGGAUUACCCUUCCUCAGAACCUCCUAAUUCCCUCUUCAGGAAUUUUGCUUCUGUUCUUCAGUGCAGGUAGCUCCAGUAAGGCCUUUACCUUUAGCUGGUGCGCCAGACCCAGACCCAGGUCCCUCUGCUGUUAGGUACCCUUUAAGCACCUCCUUCCUGGAGGUCUGUCUCCUUCCACCCCGAGAAGACUCACUUUUAUAUAAAGUACAACCCCCGGCUACCAUCAUGUGAUGUUAAGUCACCUGACCAAGCCACAGGCUUACACUCAAACUCAUUACCCAGGAAGCAGAUAACUAAGCAGGGUAGGGCUGAUAGGCCUGGGAUAGGUGCCUAUUCCACAUUCUUCAUGAAACACUGGCAUUUUCUGUCUUAAAAUAUAAACUGUAAUUCAGAAUGAGUUAAAAAUAUUAGGCCCAAGACUGACUUAAUAAGGAACAGGAGUGGUCCCAUUGUUUGCCUAAGAUCUUAUAUUUAAUUCAAUUUUCUGGCAUGUGUGUGGUUUGAGUCUUCCAUCUAAGUUUGUCAGCCUUACCCCUCCAUUAGUAUCUUGUAGCUGACUGCAUUAGGGAGUCAUUACAGGCAGAGGAAUGGCUUUUUUACUCGUAGCUAUAGGUUUGUAGUGAGGAAGACAGUGGGGCAAAUUGAGAGUCAUGCCAUUUUCUUCCCUUCCAGUGCUGUCUUCUUGCCCUUGAGCUCAUCUGGGUUUAGCAUCACUUUUCCCAGUUGGGAAACAAUGAUCUAGCUGGUAGUAAAUACUUCUAAUUGUUACCAAUUGGUCUUGAUUCAGAUCAGUUAACUUGACAUGAAAGACGUUAUAUCCCAUAAACAAUUUCCUGAGCCAUCUAGUUUCCCAUGUCACUGUUCU